AUGUUUCGUUCCCAUUAUGCCGAAGAGCUACCGGUGCCGCUGCCCGAGAUCAAGCAGGGCAAGACCAAAUUCGCCUUCACCUACUCCUUCGAUCCAUGCCACCAUCUCAACAAUGGAACGCCCCCAAUUUACAAAAAUUUCUGGGCCCUCAACUACUUCUUCAUCCACCGCACGAGAAUACGGAAAAUCCGAGAAACCAGAGGAAUCCGGAGACGUUACGUGUACUACCGGGAAGACGAGUGGACGUGCCAGAAUAUGGUCGCCGAUCUGCAAGCCGACAAUAUUUUGCCGAGACUCGAAGAUCCGUCAGAGUCGCUGGAGCCACCGCCAGGAUGGGUGCCUACGAAGCAGUACGCGAAGGCGUGCAGAACGGCUAGCCCGAUGGGGUGUCAUGAAUACCGAGACGGCGACGGCCUGGUGUUGAAGUGCCUGUCGCGGAACAUCAAAAAGGAGGACCUGAAGCGCUACUUCAUCGGCCGUUUCCGAUGGGCUCGGGAGUUGAGCGGAAACUCUGGGCAAUACUGCCCACUUGGAACAUUCAGCUGGGAGGGAACGUGCAACAAUGCGUGUCCAAAGGACUGUCGGCUGUGCCGGAACCCGGGCUCGCACUGCCAACGAUGUAAUGCCGGCUUCUCGCCGACCUACGACAAUAAGCAGUGUCUGCCACCCGAGCUGGAGUGCCCCAGGGGCUACUACACCCUCGUCGAAAGUGAACGUUGCCAAAAGUGCCCGGUUGGAUGCUUGAGGUGUCAAAAGUUCACCGGUCGAUGCCAAGAAUGCAAGCCCGGCCGUCUCCUCGUCAUCAAUCGAUUCAAGAGGGCCUGUGUCAUCUUGUGCCCAACGGGAACGUACCUGGAAAAAGCGACGCAGAGAUGCAUCGAUUGCCCGUCGUGGUGUAAGCAGUGUGAUGGGAAAGGGUGUAUCGAGUGUGCCGAUGGUCUCUACAGCACCAUCUUCACCGACAAGUUCAGCAAUACGACGGAAUAUCAGGCCUGCUACAAUGCUUACUGCGACAUCAGCUUCGCCAGCCAGAACCUCGACGAGACGCGGUUCGUCGCCGGAUAUUAUUCUAUCAUCAGGUUUCCGAGAUUUGGAUACGAAUACUUCGGCGGCCAAUGGCUCAACCUCAACUCCAGCAAGGCAUGGUCGAGCCGCGCGUUUUCGGUCAGCUUCCAGACCUUCCGCGACUACGACGAGUAUUUCAAGACCAAGGUCACCAAGGAGGGUUGGACGGAUCGGGAACUGCUGAAGCCGUACUGCCAGGAUCCGGCAAGGUGCUUGCUGAAUUGUGAGGGCGGCUACUCGAUUUAUCAUCACUCGAACACGUUCAACCAAAAGUUCCGCUGGAACGUCCGCGAGAAAUUCACCCUUUUCCUGCUCCUUCCCUACAUUCUGGUACACGCGACGCUGACUACAGCCGCCUGGCUGUGGGGCGAGUCGAAGGUGGUGACGCUGAUCAACUGGAGGGAUGAGGACAAAAUACGUCAAAGGGCCCUGCUCGACUUCUACCUGAAAGCGAGCGGAAGCAGUAAACGGAAAACACAGAGCUCAUCGCUUGUCUGGAUUACUUCAUCGACGAGUCAGAGCCACGAGUAUUACAACCCCAAUCCCUUGUUCCGCUCCAGAAAGCGGGUGUACAUCCGCCAGAAUCCGUUCCAACGCCUCCGUACCCAGACGCGCACCGAGGCCACGCUGGUGACGGGGGCCGCCGGAGAUUCGAGUCCACCCGUGUCGAAAAGCAUGGACCACCGAAGUGACAGCUCCCGGGAUCGCACGAUGAACAGUCUGGAUGGGACAAAUACGGGCAGCUUCUCGAAGGAGCGAACCGGAAGUUUGACAUCGAGUUUGCGCGGCGCCCCAGCUGCCAGCUCCUCGGUGACGUUCAGCCAGGAGAAUACGGGAGACAACUCGGGACGACCAGUCACGGCGCCUCAUCUAUCAAUCCCUCGACACCUCAUCGCGCCGCCGAUCGUCGAUUAUAGCGAACAUGACGGCUCACUACAACCCUGCACCAAAUGGCAGCUAAAGACCCCGAAUUUUGAGUUUGAUUCGUACUACUUUCCAUACCGCGUGACGAUGAUCCUGGAGAGCGCCCGGGCCGAUUCCAACUAUCAACAACUAGACCAGUGGCAGUGCAAGGACUUGAACUUUGAGCUGGAGGCCCAAUUCCCGUUCAACCGGCGGUACUACUGGGACGCCAUCUCCCAUCGACGAUAUCUGGUCGUGCUCCUCGGCAUCAUCUACAGCUUUUUCCAAGUCCUUGGAAUGACUGGAGCCUGGUACCUCGGCGAGCCGGGCAGUGGGGUGUUGAUCAAUUGGCGGGAUGAAGAGGAAGUACGCCAGGAGGCGCUCGACGACCUGGAGCGGGCCUGGGUGAUGCGCAGCAGGAGCAGCAGCAGUGGCAGGCCGCUGCCGUUCGCCUUCUCGGGCUCGAGGAAAUUGAUUGACUAUGAAAACGAUCCGCUCGGCAAUCCGCUUCUCAUGGUCGUCCCGGUAUUCAUCCGUCGGAAUCUGUACCCGAAGCUCAAGAAGCAGGGCAAAAAGUUGUUGAAGUCAAUAGAGUCUAGAAGCUCCUCGCUGACCCUCAGCCUCUCCCGCUCACUACACAGCGGAAGUAGUGGCAGCCAGUCACAGGAGAGAAGGCCGACGAUGAGCAGCGCCACCGGAACUACGCUCACCCCCACGACGGCUACACCGACGACGUUGACUCGGCACACAACUGCUAUCACUGGUACCAUGGCGCCAACCACCGAUCCGAGUGCAAGCCGAAAAUCUACCAAGUCUCGCCAUUCCAUUACCGAGCCGACGGCGUCCGGUUACCCGUCGCUGCCUCUCGAGGAGACGAUCAGCCCGAUGAUCAGCGAGACCCAAUACGCCACCGAAAUUCAACCAUCGGUGACGCCCGAUGAGCCAAGCCAACAGACGCAUCAGCACCCAGAAGAUGGCCAAUCGAUGUCCGAAGAACGA